AAAUGGAAAUGGCAAGCGUUUCCAGCAACGUCAUUGUUCAAUUCACAAUUAAUGGAAUACUAUACACGGUAUCCGAUGAUAGUUUACUCAUUAGAACGUCUCUCCUUUCCUACAUCCGCGAAUAUGUGGGUCUCCGAGGUACAAAAGCGAUGUGUCACGAGGGUGGUUGCGGUGCCUGUAUCGUAAGUGUAAGAUUCCAAGACAAAGUAAUAGCCGUGAAUUCCUGUCUUGUACCGGUACUAAUCUGCCAAGGAUGGAAUAUUUUCACAAUUGAAAGUCUAGGUAACCACGAAGAAGGUUAUCAUUCGAUUCAAGCCAUGCUUGCUGAUAAAAAUGGCUCGCAAUGUGGAUAUUGCUCUCCUGGCAUGGUGAUGAAUAUGUACAGUCUCAUACUUAAGAGCUCGCAUAUAUCUAUGGAACAGAUCGAAAAUUCAUUUGGUGGCAAUAUUUGUCGAUGCACCGGAUAUCGUGCAAUCUUGGAUGCGUUCAAGGGAUUUGCCAUCGAUGCACCUCCAUCAAUGGUGAAAAAUAUUCAUGAAAUUGAGGAGUUACACAAGAUUAAACCUUGCCGGAAAUAUGGAAUGCCAUGUGUACGUAGUUGCUACGAUAAGCAACCUUCCGAUGAAAAAAGAAUGUUGAGCGUAAAGUUAAAGGACGGACACUUCUACAGAACUUUCUCAAUCGAAAACCUAUUUCUGAUAUUAAAAGCGAACCCACUCGGCACGUAUACAUUAAAUGGGGGAAAUACUGCGAAUGGUGUUUAUCGUUCGAGCAUAAAAGAUAUGUAUAUUGAUAUAAACAACAUUCAAGAAUUGCGUAACAUUGAAAAAACCGAUAGUACUUUGGUCCUAGGAGGAAGUGUAACCCUUACUACCGCGAUAGAAACGUUUCAGAAAUAUUCAAAUGAUGCCGGAUUUAAAUAUCUAAAUCAGUUGGCCCAGCAUGCAGAAAUGAUUGCAAACAUUACCGUGCGAAAUAUUGGCACCAUAGCAGGGAAUUUAAUGAUAAAAUACCAGCACAAUGAGUUCCCAUCCGAUUUAUUUUUAAUGUUAGAGACUGUCGGUGCUCAAGUACACGUCUUGGAAAGUCCCUCCCAGAAGCAAAGUUUGUAUCUGUGGGAAUUUCUGAACCUCGAUAUGCAUCAUAAAAUCAUUUAUAGCGUUGUACUACCAAAGCUAACUGACGAGUACAUAUAUAGAUCCUACAAGAUUAUGCCUAGAGCCCAGAAUGCUAAAGCUCACGUCAACGCUGGCUUCCUUUUCAAACUCGACAGCGAUGGCAAGGUGUUGGAGCUGCCUAACAUCAUCUUCGGUGGCAUCAAUAAGAGUUUUAAACACGCAAGAAGUACAGAGGAAGUUUUGCUGGAUAAAUCUAUCAUCAAGAAUCUAUCUUCAACGCUUAAGGAAGCCUUGAAUACAUUGCAUAAUGAGCUGCAACCUGAUUAUGUACUACCGGAUUACUCGCCGAAAUUUCGCAAGACUCUCGCCGAAGGAUUAUUUUACAGGUGUAUGUUAAGCAUCAAACCGGAGAAUAUACGCGAUUUUUAUCGUAGUGGAGGCACUUCAUUAGAACGAGGUCUCAAUUCAGGUAAGCAAGACUACGAUACGAAACUUGACGAGUGGCCAUUGACUGAGCCUAUACAAAAGUUAGAAUCUUUGGAACAGACAUCAGGCGAAUGCCAAUUUUGCGAUGAUCUGGGUCCAUUUCCUAGAGAAGUGUUUUGUGCUUUUGUCGUCACAAAUGUCGGUAAUGGCCAGAUCCGUAAAAUAGAUGCGAGCGAAGCUCUUAAAAAGAAGGAUGUAGUGGCGUUUUUCAGCGCCCAAGACAUACCAGGGAAGAAUCUAUGUAUUUCGGCUGCCAGCAAGUUGACGUCUUUGUCAGAGGACGAGUUGCUGUUUGCCGAAAAGGAUAUUUUGUAUGCCGGCCAACCGGUUGGUGUCAUCGUCGCGAAGACGCAUAAUUUGGCAAAUGAAGCUGCAAAAUUGGUAAAAAUUACAUAUAGCGAAAGUGUGAAAAGACCAGUGAUAAGUAUUGAAGAUGCCUUUAAGACGACUGACAAAAAUAGAAUCAGAGAAAGCGUCAAUAUUCCAGCAAAGAGGAAAGGAACCUCUCAAUAUGUAGUAGUAACGGGCUUCUUUCAUUGUGGUAGCCAAUAUCACUAUACCCUAGAAACUCAAUCCUGCGUAUGCGUUCCUGUGGUUGGUGGUAUGAACGUCUAUCCAUCGUCACAAUGGAUGGAUCUCAUUCAAGUAUCAAUCGCGAAUUGUCUUAAUGUUCAGAAUAGCAGCAUCAAUGUGCUUGUGAAACGACUUGGCGGUUCGUACGGGUCGAAAAUUUCACGCAACGCGCAAAUUUCGUGUGCUUGCGCAUUGGUAUGUCAUAAACUAAAUCGUCCAGCGCGAUUCGUCAUGUCGAUGGAGAACAAUAUGCAAUCGAUAGGCAAGAGAUAUUCUUCGCGUCAAGAAUAUGCUGUCUGGGUAAAUUUAGAUGGAGUUAUACAGUAUCUCAAAACAAAUCAAUGGAGCAACUGCGGUUCUAGUUUCAACGAACCACAUUCUGAAAUGAUAGCUUCUUACAUGCAAAGCUGCUAUUUAACGGAUACUUGGGAGCUCCAUGGGUAUGACGUGAGAACCGACUUACCGUCAAAUACAUUUUGUCGGGCAUCAGGAUCUACGGAAGGAAUAGCUAUGAUCGAAAAUAUAAUGGAACACAUUGCAACAGAAAUCAACAAGGAUCCGUUAGCGGUCAGAUUGGCGAAUAUGAAUGACGUGGAUAAAUCCGUAUUAGAACCUAUGAUAAAAGAUUUGUCGAAUAGAACCAACUACGAGGAGAGAAAGCAUUCUAUUGAUCAAUACAACACACACAAUCGCUGGAAGAAAAAGGGAAUUGCCGUGUUACCGAUGAAAUAUUUGGUGAUGUAUGAAGAAGGGCAAUACGAAACGUCGGUGUCGGUUUGCGCUCGCGACGGUUCGGUAUGCGUAACGCAUAGCGGAAUUGAGAUCGACCAAGGCAUAAAUACCAAGAUCGCACAAAUAGCAGCUCAUACACUGGAUAUUCGUAUCGAAAUGAUUUCCGUUAAACAAAGCAAUAAUUUAUCGGCACCCAACAAAUCAACAGGACACAGCAUUACUACAGAAACCUGUGGAUACACAACGAUCCAAGCUUGCAGAGACAUUUUGAAUAAACUCGUGCCGAUAAGAAAAAAAAUAAAAGAUCCGAAAUGGAGUGAUCUCAUUUUUAAAGCAUAUGAAGAAAACGUUGAUUUAAGCUCACGUUACACGUUGGUGACCGGGCCAACGAAAGAAGUGAUGAAGCCUUAUCCCAUUUAUGGUGUUACCAUUGCCGAAGUGGAAAUCGAUGUGUUGACCGGUCAACACAUUGUCAGAAGGGUUGAUUUGAUGAUCGAUGCAGGUCAAAGUUUAAAUCCGAAAAUUGACAUUGGUCAGGUGGAGGGAGCUUUCGUGAUGGGAAUGGGAUACUGGACUUCUGAGGAUCUGAUGUACGAUCCUAAAACAGGAGUAUUAACAAAUGACAGAACCUGGAAUUAUAAGCCACCAGGAGCGAAGGAUAUUCCUGAAGAUUUCCGCGUGUACUUAUGCAAAAAUUCGUUCAACGCAAACGGUAUCCAUGGUUCAAAAACAAUCGAUGAAGCACCGCUUUGUAUGAGUUAUGUAAUUCCGAUGGCGAUCCGCAGAGCAUUGAGUUCCGUUAGAAAAGAUUUAGUGACAGAGGAGGAUUGGUACAAGUUAGAUGGACCGUGUACCACCGAACGUAUACUUCUAACUAGUUUAACCAGCAUAGAUGGAAUGAUAAUUUAAGAGUAAAAAUGGAAAACG